AUCGAAAUAACUAAAUGUCAGAAUUCAAGAGUUGAACGACAACUCGUAAGUGUCUCUUAAUGAUAGUGGCAAAUAACUAAGAAUGAAUUCUUUCUUUCUUUCUAGAACGAUUCUUCCUGUGAAAUUGAAUAAGUUCUAAUUCAAUUUCAGUUCUCCAAUUUUGGUCUCAUGAAUCUCUACCAUUAAAAGAAUAAAACCCUAACCAUAACUCAACAUAUAUCUUAUUAAUAGUAUAAGUGAAUAAGAAUAUCGUUCCCAAUUCAAAAAAAAUGUUAUACUCAUACUCAUCAACCGUAAAAAAAUAUUAACAAUAAUAAUUCCACACAAUUGAGCUUCCAAAAGAAGCUCCAAAAUCAAGCCCAAAUCUCUACAAAAUCAUCUCAUCUCGCACACAGCACAUUGAGCAACACAUGACACAGCAUAACAUCCACAAAAUACUGGUGCCCAAUCAACCAAUCGAAACACCUCUCCUUCGCCCGCGGCCGCCCGUAAUGUAUCCCGUCGCUACACCGGUUGUCGUAAUGCCAGGGAAACGUCAUGUCGAAGUCAUCCACCACGCCGUCGAUCACCCCGGCGCUCCUCAACUUGUCCAGCACCACCCAAUUAAACACCUCCAUCUUGCUCGGAUUGUACUGCAGCACCCUCGCUCCCCCUGGAGUCGCCACCGUCGUCCUGUACACCACCCUCGGCCUCGUCAGCCCCCUCCGGCUCACCGACUCCAACACCUCCUUCCAGAAAUCCGCGGCGUCUUGGGCUGCGCCGACGAAUCCCCUGACAUUCCGCCAGUGGGAUCCGUCGUGCAAGCCCGAGUUCAGUAUCAGCGUGUCCGACACCGUUUCACCGCCGAAGUACCCUUUCAGCAAAUCCCUAAACCCUUCGUUUCUCAGGGAGUCUAGCCCCAGAUGGUUGUCCGUCUCGUUCCAAUGGCCGUUAAAAAUGCUGGUGAUCCGGACGGUUUGGGACGCGUCUUCAGGGUUCGUGAAGUUCGAAUCGAAUCUUCGGGGAACGGAUUUCACAUCGGUCAGGUUCAGCACCAAGUUGAGCAGGUUUCUGAUUGUGUCGACGUGGUUGGAAUCUCCGGAGAAGAAGAUCCACCUGUUCUUGAGGCAGUUCCACGCCGAAUUGCGCUGAAAGAGUUGGAAGGAGCAGUGAGUGGAGUAAACUCAUCCGUUGCUCUCCAAUCUGCCUAAUGAGCCGUUGCACCAGGGGUUCCGGCAGGGGAAAUCCGGCGGGAGACACAGCUACCGCCCGUCGUCGCUGAUCCGGCAGCUGUCGUUCUUGCCGUGCCCGGUGUUGGAAAUGUAUAUGAAUAGCUUUGAAAGCUAUAGAGUCUCUAGUUGAAAAACUACCACAUUUGUAGUUUUACUUGGUGAAAUGUGUAUAAAGAUAGGAGCCUCUC